GAUUGGAUCUGGCUAACAAAAUGCCCUCUCCUAGAACUAUGAAAACUCAUCUUCCUGUUCAAAUGGUACCACCUUCAUUCUGGAAAGAAAAUUCAAAGAUUAUCUAUGUGGCUAGAAAUGCCAAGGACUGUCUGGUGUCCUACUAUCAUUUCUCCAGAAUGAAUAAAAUGGUUCCUGACCCUGGUACAUGGGAGGAAUACAUUGAAGCAUUCAAAAAUGGAAAAGUGCUGUGGGGCUCCUGGUAUGACCAUGUAAAGGGAUGGUGGGACAUAAAGGACCAGCACCGCAUUCUCUACCUCUUCUAUGAGGACAUGAAGGAG